AUGGAUCUGUAUGAAAACACGCCUAUUUGUUUUCAGGAUAAAGAUGUAAAAGCAAUGAUCGAGCUGUUGAGACCGAUGCAUGAAAUGUUGGAACGUGGUGCAACCACUCUGAAGGAGCAAUCUUUCAAACAAUUGUACGAAAAUGAACUGAAAGAAGCGUGGAAUUCGUGUCUGUGCUAUAUGCGCACAAAGAACAUCAAAGAAAUUAGCCAGGCCUGGGAUCUGUACUAUGUGGUAUUUCGGAAAAUCUCGGUCAGUAUCCGGCAAGUCGCACCACUCGAUUUGAAUUAUGUCUCACCCAGGUUGGUGCAAGCACGAGAUUUGGAACUCACUGUGCCUGGGGCAUAUGAUCCGUUUGGACCACUAGUUACAAUAUCAUCGUUCAAUCAUACGCUGCAAGUAAUAAGUUCAAAGCAGCGCCCAAGGAAAGUAAUUAUAAGAGGUAUCAUAAAUUUGAAAUUGUUUUCUUAUGAAAUUGAUUACUCCUCUUUCAAGCACAAUUCUGUUGUAUGGAAGUGAAA